GGCAGCCAGGCGGGCCUGUGCGCGCCGCGCUGCGCUGCGCUUUUGGCGAGGGAGCUGCGGCGGCGUGGGGUUGGAUGCCGAUCGCGGCUGCGACUGGCGGGUGCCGGGCGAGGCCCGUCUCUCGGAGCCCGCCAGCGAUCAGCUAGGCGCGGAAGCCGCCGCCUCCUUCCGCGGCGCGCCUCUUGGCACCUCCGAGGCUCGCUGCGGCGCGUCCUGGAAGGGUCCCCCAGCCAGCCGCCCCGGGGGCCUUGUGCGCCUCUCCUCCCGGCCCGGAGGGACUCGCACGCUCCAUUCUCCCCGCUGCAGCGCUUUGGCACCACCUCUGCCCGCCCCUCCGGGAGAGGUAGCAACAGCGGUGGCGGCGGCCCCGAGUCCUCCCGCGCCGCAACUCUCGCCCCAACCUUUGUGAAGUCAUCGGGAUGAACUUGAGCCGGAGCAGCAAACCUGCUUUUUAGUCCUGUGUUACUUGGAAGGGAGAACGCCGGCGGCCCGCCUCCUCCUCCUCGAGUUCAGGGCAUCGCCCCCGAGGCCCAAGGCAGAUACAUGGCUUAUAAGACCUUAAAAGGAUGCAGGUGCUUUCCCGCCUGUUCUUAAUCCUGGUUUUCUUGUGUGCCUGCUCUGUCCUGUACAUCUUGCUGUGCCCUCACUUUUGUGUGUCGUCGUGUUGGCUCGGCUGCCGUCAUCUGGAAGAGCAGGAGGGAGGUCUGGCAGCCGUGCCUGGAGCCACCCAGUUUGAGGGUUACAUCAGCGUCCCUGACGGGAAGCCAUUGGCUCGAGUGCCAUGCCGUCGGUGUGCCGUGGUCUCCAGCUCGGGGCAGAUGCUGGGUUCGCGUUUGGGGAAGGAGAUUGACGAGAAGGAGUGCGUCCUGCGGAUGAACCAGGCCCCCACUCAGGGUUACGAGGAGGAUGUGGGCAGCAGGAGCACCAUCAGGGUUGUUUCUCACACCAGCAUUCCCUUGCUCCUGCGGAACCAGACCUAUUUCUUCAAGCAGUCCCGGGACACACACUAUGUCAUCUGGGGGCCCACUAGGCUGAUGAGCCGAGAGAAGGUGGGCUUGGUCUACAGGACCCUCCUCAAGAUGAAGGAGAUGUACCCAAGCCUGCGCCUCUACACGCUGACCGAAAGGAUGAUGGCCCACUGCGAUGAACUCUUCCAGCUGGAGACAGGGAAGAACAGGAUGAAAUCCGGCUCCUUCCUGAGCACUGGCUGGUUCACCAUGGUCUUGGCGAUGGAGUUGUGUGAGCAUAUUUUUGUCUUCGGCAUGGUCAACGAGAGCUACUGCAGAAACAGGAGCCAGCCCACUGUGCCUUAUCACUACUUUGAGAAGGGCAGACUGGACGAAUGCAGGAUGUAUCUGGCCCAUGAAAGAGCCCCCCAAGGUGGGCACCGUUUCAUCACAGAGAAGGCUGUCUUUUCUCGCUGGGCAAAGAAAAGGAACAUUGUCUUCAAUCACCCUUCGUGGCCGGAUGGGUAGGCGGAGUGUG